AUGACUUUGAAUGAGAUAAGAGGCAAUGGUUAUUGGAUCGUGGGUGGAACAAGUGCAUUUGGAAGCUACAUCUGGAGCUGUGUGGUCUGUAGAAAGAUGUGUUCUGCAGUGGUAGAGCAGAAGAUGGCAGAUCUGCCAGAGGACCGACUAAAACCUGCUCCACCUUUCACGUUUUGUGUAGUGGACUACUUUGGCCCCUUUUCCGUCAAAGAAGGCAGAAAAGAAAUGAAGAGGUACAGAGUUCUAUUUACAUGCUUAGCUUCAAGAGCCAUUCAUUUGGAGACUUCCACUUUGCUUGAAACGGAUGCCUUUAUAAAUGCACUUUGUCGUUUUACAUGCCGCAAAGGGCUGAUUUGCCAACUACGAAGUGACCAGGGAACGAAUUUCGUUGGCGCCAAGCAUGAGUUAAAGGCUGCACUUGCAGAACUCGACCACGAACACAUCAAAACAGAAUUACUUCUGGGGAAUUGUGAUUGGUUCACCUUCGCUAUGAAUGUUCCGUCUUCUAGCCACAUGGGUGGAGUUUGGGAGUGGCAGAUCCGUACAGUCAGAAACGUCCUGUCCCCACUUCUUCAGAACAAUGGCCUACGGCUGGAGAACAAGUCACUUAGAAUGUUCAUGUGCAAGGUGGAGGCCAUCAUUAAUAGCCGUCCAUUGACAGUUGAUCUCUUAAAUGACCCAGGUUCGCUGAGCCCCUUGACACCAACCCCCCCUUGCUCACUAUGA